AUGUCUACAAUGCAGAAAGAUCUUAUUUGUAAAGGAUUUGAAAUACAACAAAGAAUACAACAACAUAAUGAUAAUGAAGAAAAAAGAACAUCAUCACCAACUUUAAAAGGUCAUCCGACAAAUCACAGGCAACUUAAUGAUGAUCCAUAUACAGAUGAAUAUCAGGAUGAUGACAUGCAAUUUCAACAAAUAAGUUAUAACAGGCAAAGAAAAAAACGAAUUAAUAAGGACAAGGACCAACGAAUUCAUGCACGAAUGAUAAUUAAUUCAAAUAUUAACAAUAAUAGGAACUCACAAGCAACAACAACUAAUAAUAAUAUUAUUAAAGAUAACUCAUUUCGAAUAUCUAAACAUGCAUUAGAUUAUGUAUCUGAUUAUUAUCAUCAUCAACUGAUUAAAAUUGAAUGUGAUCCAAAAUUAAAAGAUCAACGUGAAGGAUCAAAGUUUAUUCAAGCAUUCAUUAAUUAUAUUAAAAUUGAUUUUUUCAAUCAAAAUGUAUCGUAUAAUAAACCGUUAUUGUUUGAUCUGUGGUGGAUUGAUAAAGAGGGAAAGAUUCGAGCAAUUGUUAAAUCUACGGGUAUUGCUGUUUAUUUAUCACAAGUAAAUCGAUAUCCAAAAGAACUAAAUAAUAUAAAAAUAACACCACGUCCACGAAAACAUCUUCCACAUCAACACACAGCAAUAUUGAAAUGGGUGAAAAACUCCAUUUCCUUCGACGAUCUAAAAGAUGAAUUAAAAGCUAAAUACAAUUCAUUAUUUUUGAUAGAAGAAAUUAUGAGAACAAUAAAUGAUCGAAAUCGACAUCUUAGAAUUGAAUUAUUAGAUAAAAAAAGAAUAUAA